AUGGGAUCUGAGUCUUUCCUCCGGCUCGCUGUGACAAUGGAAGAAACCUCUGGAUAUACAGCCAUUGCCGUCGACAAGGACAGGAACAGCCAACUUGCUGCAAAAUGGGCAGUGGAUCACCUGCUGAAACCCGGCUCCAAAUGCUUCUUCGUUCAUGUUUUAAAGAGUUUGCAUCCGCAGGAGUUUGAAGCCAUACCUAUGGAAGGUCGGCCGCCGUCUGAAGCUGAGAUGCAACUCUACUUCCUUUCUUGCCGAGGAUACUGCUCUCGAAAAGGGAUUGAAUCACAUGAGAUGGUCCUCCAUGGCAUUGAUGUUCCAAGUACUCUGGUUGACUACAUCAACAACAACGACAUUGGAAAUAUCAUUGUUGGUGCUUCCAGCCGGAAUGUUCUUACAAGGAAACUUAGAAAUCCAGAUGUGCCAACCAGCUUGCUCAAACUUGCACCAGAAUCUUGUGGAGUAUAUGUCAUAUUGAAAGGAAAAGUUCAGGCUUCCCGAUUAGCAAGCAGGUCUCAGAAAUCCGAAGACAGCAAAAGCACAAACCCACACAAGUCACAGCAUCUGAAAGCGCUUCUGUCCACACGUACAUAUGAUAACUCAGAGAUUGAAGACAUAAGCAGGAGCAGAACUGUUUCAAGCAGUAAAGGCAGAAGUAGCGGAAUAACUUCUGAUAGAGUCAAUGAUUCCUUUCAAGUAAGACCAUGUGAGAAUUUGAAGACAAAUAAACAAGUUACAUCACCUAAAGCUUCAAAGAGAAGUAAAAUACCAGAUUCUCUUCAUAGAAUUUCCAUAACAGAGAGAACAGAUUUUUCAGGGCCACCAAGUUGCAGAUCAACUGACAUAUCUAGUCACGGUUCAGAAAGUACAGCUUACAAUUCCAGUUCUUUGGCCUCCCUGACUCCCCGAGGCUUGGAGGUUGAGAUGAAGCGACUUCGAAAAGAAUUAAAGAGAUCCAUGGAUAUGUUUAAAUCAGUUUGCGAAGAAGCUGUUGUAGCAAAAGAUAAGCUGAAGGAGCUUCAGGAAUGGAAAGAAGCAGAAGAGCGCAAAUUAGAGGAAGCCAAGCUUUCUGAGGAGGCAGCAGUGGCUUUGGCAGAGGCAGAAAGGGAAAAAACCAAGGCUGCUAUGGAUGCAGCACAGACAGCACAACGUUUAGCAGAUAUGGAGGCACGGAAGAGAAAACUCGCAGAAUUGAAAGCCAAUCAGGAGGAAGAAGAAAAACAGAGAGCACUAGAUAAGCUGGUUAACAAUAAAGCUGCUUAUAGAAAAUACACCCUUGAUGACAUUGAAGCUGCGACAGAUUACUUCGCGAGUGCACAUAAGAUUGGUGAAGGAGGAUAUGGGCCGGUUUUUAAAGCCACCCUUGACCAUACUGCUGUAGCCAUCAAGAUCUUAAGGCCAGAUAUAUCACAAGGACAGAAGCAAUUCCAACAAGAGGUUGAGGUUCUAAGCUGCAUGAGACAUCCACACCUGGUUUUGCUCAUAGGUGCCUGCCCUGAGUAUGGAUGUCUGGUUUAUGAAUACAUGGAAAAUGGAAGCUUAGAAGAUCGGCUCUUUAGAAAAGACAACACUCCCUCAAUACCAUGGAAAAUCAGGUUUAGAAUAGCGGCUGAGAUUGCUACAGGCCUUCUGUUCCUUCAUCAAACAAAGCCAGAGCCACUGGUACAUCGUGACCUCAAGCCUGCAAACAUUCUCUUAGACAAGAAUUAUGUGAGCAAGAUUAGUGAUGUUGGCUUGUCCCGACUGGUUCCAGCAUCUAUUGCAGAUGGUGUUGCUCAAUAUCGCUUAACAGCAGCUCGGGGAACAUUUUGUUACAUUGACCCAGAGUAUCAGCAAACAGGAAUGCUAGGUGUAAAAUCAGAUCUAUAUUCACUUGGUGUGGUUCUAUUACAGCUGCUAACGUCAAAGCCACCAGUUGGAUUGACUGUCCAUAUCCAGGAGGCAAUAGAAAAAGGAACCUUUGCAGAAAUGCUUGAUCCAACAGUACCAGACUGGCCCGUUGAAGAGGCUUUAUCAUUAGCAAAACUCGCUUUACAGUGCUGUGAGCUAAGGAAAAGAGAUAGGCCAGACCUUGAUUCAGUUGUGUUACCAGAGCUGAAUCGCCUUAGGAAUCUCGAACUUCAACAUGAAGCGAACAACAGUGAGAUUCAACACGAAGCCAACAACAGCGAGAAAGUUGCUUCUAAGCCACCUCUUCAUAUUUCAGUUCCAGAGAUUAGAUCACAAGAAAAUCAGAUCACUGAAAGAAGCGGAUGGCAAAGGUUAGUAUCGAUAACCAGAGUGUGGAAGUCCAACAUCCUUCCAUCCAACAGGGGUGUUGCUGGAAAGUCAAACAGGAAGCCUGGUGAAGCAAACUGUUGGUCAUUUGUAACUUGUACCGGACCUCCUCAGCAGUUGAGAAGAGCCAAGUCAUUUUCAUCAUAG